CACAACCAUAAAUCACACAGACCCAGGACAGUGCAGGAAGAAGACACAGCUACAGACGUACAUUAGAGUUGAGGUUAGAAGUAGAAGUUACUGUAUUUGACCAGAAGUGUGUUAAGAUGUCAGAGGGAGUCUAUGAAAUCCCAGAUAGAUUUGAAGAUGAUGAACCUGAUGCAAUGAAGAACACAGACAUUGAUGGCCAAUUAUAUGCCAACGUAGGAGCCUUCAAGCCCAGUCCAAGAGAUGGAGUUGUUGCUUCAGUACCUGUGUCCACAGAGCCUGAUAGCUCAGGGAAGAGAUCCUCCAGAGUUGCUGCAGUGUGUCUGGGGCUGCUGUGUGUUCUACUGGCUGGGAUCAUAGGCCAGUCUGUCUACUAUGAUGGGGUCUCUAAGAGCUUCUUAGCCUAUAAGACCAACUCAUCUGCAGAGAUAAAACAGCUACACACCAGCUACAACAACCUGACUAAAGAGAGAGACCAGCUACAGACCAGUUACAACACCCUGACUAAAGAGAGAGACCAGCUACAGACCAGUUACAACACCCUCACUAAAGAGAGAGACCAGCUACAGACCAGUUACAACACCCUGACUAAAAAGAGAGACAAGCUACAGACUGAGAGAGAUUUUCUUAGCGGGAGGUUUACCAAUCUCAGCUGGCAGAAGUUUGAAUCCAGUUGGUACUUCCUGUCAACUGAGUCUAAAACCUGGAAGGAGAGCAGACAGGACUGUCUGAAGAGAGGUGCAGACCUGGUGAUCAUAAACAGUGAUAAGGAACAGACAUUUCUCUUCAACCUCAAGAAGAGAGUCUGGAUUGGUCUGACUGACUCUGUUAAUGAGGGGACCUGGAAAUGGGUGGACGGCACCCCACUGACCACAGGGUACUGGUAUGCCAAACAGCCUGAUAAUGCAGGUCCUAAUGGGGACGAGGACUGUGCUGAGAUACACAAAGAUCAGAGUCCUCUAAAGGCAUGGAAUGACAUGUCAUGUGGCAGCAAACUCAACUGGGUUUGUGAGAAAGUGUUUUAAAAUCACCAUGGCAACAUGCUGUAACACAUACAGUAGACUACAGUGCACAGAACUUCCUCCUCUGUCUCUGUCUCUCUCUCUCUUUGUCUCAAACUCAUGCACACAAAUGUUGUAUUUGUUUGUAUUAAUAUAUUAAUAAAAGUCCUACUUGUUUCCUGA